AUGGACGGGUGGCUUAGUGAGGUACAGAGGCGGCCGGCCCUGUUCGUGCUGUGCAGCUCUCUAGGCUUCAGGCUGCUCCACCGGCUUUUGCAGAAUCUGCCCAGACCUGCUGUUGUGGACUCGCCAUGGAAGAACUGGAAAUGGCAGAACCUUUCAGUGUCACUGGUCCACUCCUUGCUAACUGGCACGUGGGCCAUCCUCUGUAUGUUUCAGUAUCCAGUGAUUAUGCUUGACCUCAACUCCUUCUACACCCCAUGGUCAUAUCUGCUCAUCAUUAUAUCAACAGGGUAUUUCAUUCAGGAUGCUGGUGACAUCAUCCUCAGUGGGUAUGCAAGAGAAUCAUGGGAGUUUCUGCUUCAUCAUAUGUUGGUGAUACCACCUUUCCUGUAUGUUGUUCUCACGAGUCACUAUGUGGGAGGGGCUGUGGUAGCUCUCUUUGUUGAAGUAAACAACAUAUUUCUUCAUUUACGACAAAAGCUCAAAUUGGCUGGGGUAGCAAAAGAUUCGCUCAUCUAUUCUACGAACAAGUUACUAAAUUUCACAACAUAUGUCAGCUUUCGUCUUGGAGCCCAAUUUUACAUCACCUGGUAUAUUGUCUAUAACUACUCUUGGCUGGUCCAUGCCUUUUAUUUUCUAGUAUCUAUAAUGUUAAUGAACAUCAUGAUCCUCAUAUAUUUUUACCGUCUUCUGCGAGCUGAUUUCUUCAAACAGUGCAACCAUCAAAAUGGCAUCCAGAAGUUUGCACAGGACUAG